AUGAGUAAUGAACCACUUAGCAAAGAAGAACUUACCAAAAAAUACUCCAAACAAGCAGAAUUAUUAAAAGCCUUAGAAAUAAAUAUCUUAAAAAGUCAUCCAAACUCUCUUACAAGUAAUAUCACAAUAUCAAAGCUAAAGAAUUGUCAUGAAUGUAAUAAAGAAAUUUUAUUAAAUCCACCCAAAGCAUUUAUCAUGCUUGUGUGUAGUUAUAUACUCCAUCAUGACUGUCUUAAAAAAAGUAAUAAAGAUAAGCAAAAAACUUGUCCUAUUUGUUUCGUAGAUAAUGAAGAAAUGGUAUCAGCUAAAGUUCAGGAUGUAGAUAUGUCAGAGGCAAUAGAAGAUGAAGGUGAAGAAACCUCUAAUCUAAUGGGGGCAGUAAGUAAGUUAUCUGUAGAUGGUGGUAAAGCUAUCUCACGAAGUGAACCAAAAUCCAUGGAACCUGAUAAAGUACAAGGUUUAAUAAAAGAACUAUCUAUUCCAAGUGAGCCGAUUGAUGAUAACGAUAGAGGAAAUAAGAGCAAAAAAUCAAAACCAAUAACUUUACUCCAGUUAUACUAUAAUGCAAACCGGGCAGAAAAACAUAAUUUUUCUUUCUCAAUAGAAAUUCCACUAUACGAUCCUACCUACUUCACCCUUGACUGCGACUGGUCAUUAUUAAGUUUCUUAUUAUACCAACAACAAUGUGAUAAUUUUACAGCUAAUAAAUGUGGUGAACACAAACGAUAUAUUCACAACCUCUUAGCCAUCAUUGAAAGUGAAGAUCUAUCUGAGACUACAUAUGAUCUAGCUUGCGUGGCACUUAAUGCAGUACAAUUGAAAGUGAAUGGGUCUGAAGAGAAUAGUUCUUUGAAUGGGGGCACAUCCUGCAUUCAAUCAUCCAACAUUCUUGAUCUCACUCAGAAUUGCAUGAGUCUUGUCUCGGCACAAAAGCGAAAAAUCGAGGCUUUGACUGAACGCUCAGCUUUAGUGGAGGAGCUUACUACUACAACUAAUGUUACAAGACAGUUAGCAGAUGUAGGAGGUGAUCAUUCACUACCAAAAAAAUGUCCAUGUAUAAUUCAGAAGGAAGACUCUGCUAAAGAAUGCACUACUCAAGAAGAUUUGCUGAAUUCAAUAAUCGAAGCUUCCAAUAUCUUUGAAAAACAUGCCUGUAAUUCUGAAGCAGAUUAUUACAUAAUUGACUUGGGAGAUAAUAAAAUUAUAAAGCAAACUCAUAAACUUUUGUGCAAAGAUGAAUUAAAAAUAUUAUCCAAAAGACUGACUUUAGAUGACAAGAACAAUUAUAUAAGUACAAAGGCACAUAAAUAUUUAGCAUUAUUUGAUCAAAUUAUAGAAUAUCCUUCGAAGGAAAAAACCACUGAAGUAAAUAAUUUGAUCGAUUUAAAGGAUGAUAACGAUGCUAAGAGCAGUGUCAUUUCUGAAAUGAAAAAAACACUAUAUAGUCUGAAUGAAAUAACAACAAAAUUUCGAUACCUAUCAAAUUCCCUUCCCCUUCCAGUACUACACUACAAUCAAUCUCAAUACCCUGAUAUACACAUUAUCAAGACACAUAUUCUAGCAUACUUUUUUUUUAUUACCUUUAGUUUUUUGGAUUUUAUACAAUACUUUUCAUGUGAAAGAACUAUUUCAACAAAGUUAGAUUUGCAAGCAGUUGAUUAUAAGGCAGAUGGAGUUGUGGAAUUUCUAAAACAGCCCAAUCAGAUCCCAGUAUUUUUACUUGAAGUUUCGGGAGACCCUUCUAAACCGGACCUUAAUAAAUUCAGCAAUGGUAGACAAAAAUUAAUGAAGGAAGGUGUUUUCGCUUUAAAUAAGUUCAUAAUGAGAACUAACCUGCCAACUUGGGAAAUUGAAUAUUUUAAAGCACGUAAUACUGGCUAUGCCAAAGAAGCACAGAAUGACAGAAAAUAUUUUCUAGACUUAAAAAUAUCUGAUAUCGAAGAAGUCUGUCAAAAUGAUGUUGGCAGGAUUAGAUCUAUUACAUCCAAUGAAUCUAAAGCUAAUUCGACCAAUGAAUCUGAAACUAAUCCACGAGGCUCUUCAACUAAUUCGUCUUUAAGCUCUCUUUUCCAGCUCAAGCCAAAGAUUCACAAAUAUCAUUUCUGGGUAAUCUGGAAACAAUUUUCAGAUAGAUUUGAUAGAAUUAAGAGUGCAAAUGAUUAUUCUUUAGAUCAGAUGUGCGCUGUUAUAUCAGUUGAUAUUCUUAAUCUUGGGAUGAGAGCAAUUAGAAAAGAUACAAUAAAGGGUUUUUACCAUAGGGAUAAUAUAAAAAGUGAAAACUUAGAAAAGAUAGAAUAUUUAAUGCGUCCCUACGACUUAGAUGACUAUGGUCAUCAUUAUCUAUACAAUAUUGUGUGUAUUCUUUUAAAACAUAAUAAAAAGAAUCACUUUCAAGAAAAUUGUCAUCUUCAGGAUCAUACAGAAUUUUAUUGCAAAAGCAAUAAGCCUAUGCCUUUACUUACUAUGUUUGUUUCUCUUAUUAUUACGUUGUUGAUUGGAACUAUGUGUUCUUUGUGUUAUUACUCUAAUGGUAGUGCUAUCAUUAGUCUUGGGAGUGGUGGUAUUGUUGGUCUUGGAAGUGGUUCUAUUAUUAGUCUUGGGGGUGGUGGUAUUGUUGGUCUUGGAGGUAGUACUAUCAUUAGCGCUCAUUUUUUGUACCUAAAUACGAAAAAAAUCAUAGUAAGUAAAAAUUCGUUUUCAUAG